AUGUCGUCUCACGUAUUGGAAGUCAACCCAGACACGCAAUUGGAGUUCGUACUCUCGCACAGCGAAGCUAAUCCAAGAUGCGUCAUGACGUUGAAGCAUCCAGGCAUGUCCAAAGACCACAUUGCCUUCAAGGUAAAAACAACGCAACCACGCCGGUAUCUUGUACGGCCCAAUCAAGGUUUGGUGGCUCCCGGCAGCUCGGCUUCCAUUUCCAUUCUGCUGGUGGAAAAAGACAAACAAGCUUUGUUGCAGUCGUUUGAGCGUCUCGGUCAACCUGGAUUGGAUCACAGCAAGGACAAAUUCUUGGUACAAUCGUGCACGGCGCCAGAAUCCUUUUCUUCCAAGAAGUCAUCCGGUGAGUCUUCCGAACUCUACGAUGCCUUGACGUCCAUGUGGCAAUCCGUCACCUCGGGGGGAUCCUCGACUCCCAUUUUCAACAAAAAGUUGCACGUUCGUCACGUGGUUCAAGAGGGCGCUAGUAAGGCAAGCGGUGCGGCCGCGAGCAAAUCCAUUCCCUCCAAAUUGGAAGGCUCUUCGGAUGUGGUGGUGGAAAAAAUGAGCCACGACCAAUUGGUCAACGAAUACAGUCGUCUACGCAGCAAAUACGACGAAUUGUUGACUUUUAGUGUCAGUCUAACGGCUGAACGCGACAUACUCAGCAAUACUCUGGAACAAACCAAACGAGAUUACAAUCGUGAGCUGUCGCGGCCCAGCGAGGGCAAGACCAGUACUUCGUCCUCCUCGUCCAAGGGAUCUCUGCAAAGUACCAUGGUGCAAUUGUUGGUUGUGGCGAUUGCCUGCUUUAUCGCGGGAAUGCGAAUGGGCAAGGUCGAAGAAUUGGUCGAAGCAGAGGCAUAG